AUGGACGCUCCUGUACCACGAUCCUCCUCGCGACCGAGGCCCUCCUCUCGCCCAACAACUCCUCUACGACCGAGUUCGCGCUCGUCGCUCCGGGAAGCUCACGGCUACGGUCACAGCAUCAGCCAAGCCGGAUACAACCAACCUGCCAUCAAUGCUCUGGAGCCACAAUUUGCGGAACUCGCAGACUCCAUGGCUGAUUUGGAGGCCAAUUUCAUGCACCUGCAGCUGAUGCACGAGAGUCUGACGCGCUUCAGUGAGAGUUUUGCGAGUUUCCUGUAUGGCAUGAAUAUGAACGCGUUUUGUGUGGAUUUCCCAGAGGCCCCAAUCACCGACUCUUUCAAGAGAGCCAAGCAGGCGGAGGCCCAGAAAGAGGCGGAAAACGAAGUACCCCGUGCGGAUGAUGGCGAGAUGACGUUUCUGACUACCGACACUUCCUUUGUCGAUCACCCGCCUAGUACCGUCUCCUCCAAGCCAACGUCGAGAUAUUCCGCUCCUAGCCGGGGUACGACUCGAGGGACGACACGGGGUGGUACGACGAGAGGCACAACGAGAGGCACCACGAGAGGCACCACGCGAGGCUCGGCGACAGGCCUGUACACCACGAGAGGUACCGACCGGGGGCGGCCAAGUGCGCUGCCCCGGGGUCGUGGUGUGCGGUGA